AUUUAAUGGAAUAUGAAAUAAACGGAUUCAACGCCCUUAUUUUAAAGAAAACAUUGUUAUUAUUCAGACACAUUUCCCAGGACUUGCAGAUAAUAGCAAGUGAAAACGGACUAAAUUUAUACGCACUUGACCAAUCCAACUCUGUAUGGCUACACAUUCAACUAGGAAAAAAUUUUUUUGAAAGAAUCCAAUAUAGAAGUUCACAAACUUCGCAAUCUGACUCACCUUCUAAAGUUAAACACUGGUUUGUGUCAACCAAACAACUCUGUCAGUCACUUUCAAUUGUAAUUCCCCCUUCACAGAAAAAAUCGCCCUUUGAUGCCAUUCUUAUUAAGGAUUUACAUAAUCACGAGAAUUUGAAAAGUUCAUUCGGCCUAGACAGAUUGAUCAUAAAGGAGUAUCAAGAAAGUGUGGAUUUCCUAUCUCUUAUCUUCGUUUGUUCUAAUAAGAAUAUCAUAAGAUCAGCAACAAUUGGAUUUCAGGAGUAUAAACUGAGCAUCCCAGACGAUUUGGGCUGGUCUAACUGGCACUAUCUUAGAAUAUCUCCAACGGUUUUCUACAAAUCCAUAAGUCCUUUCAGCUCACAGUACAAUGAUCUCUCAAUAACCUAUAAUGAUUCUAAGGAGGAUUUACUGCUUAACGUUAUUAAUAAUACGUCGAAACUCACAAAGAAUAAGAAUAGGAAGAGAAUUGUCUCAGGCAAUGUUCUAAUCAAUAGUCGUCACUUCCACAAACUGGACCUGGAUGACGACUUGACUUAUCCCACAGAUAUCACAAUCUCUAUUAAAGAAUUCUUAUCUCUACUUUCAUUCUGCGAAUCCGUGAAAUGCCCAUUGUCUAUAGUAUUGAGAAACCCAGGAGACCCAGUAAUAGCUCUGUUCGGAGGCUCAGUUGACGCGUGCGAAUCUGUAACAACUAACUUGAACAUUCAUAAUAUUGUUUAUAAUGGCUGUAACGAGUCUAAAGUCGAAACACAAGAAACUAAAAUAAUCAAUGACAACAUUGCACUCAGUGGAUCACUCUGGAUUAGUUCAUUCAAAGCUGAAAAAUCAUCCCAACCCACAAACGAAGAACAAAGAGAUGAAUUGGUUGUGAAGGAAGUUGACUUGUUUGAAACAGAAUUCUCGCCACCGCAAAAGACAGCUGAGCUCAAAACCAGUAAAUCCAAGUAUACAGACGAAGAAUUGGAUGAAGUUUACAAUGUAUUGCUAAAAGAUUUUGAAACCGAUAAUAUGCAAGAACACGUAACUAGUAAAGAUAAAUCAGGAUUGAUAUCACUUUUCUGA